UGCCGCAGAAGUACUUUUCCGCAAAGUCGCCCAUUCGGUGACGGUCCAACGAGACUGGCCAACAGCUCAUCUGCCCUCUUCAAGCCGAAGGUCCUUUUCAUCUCGACCCCCGACCAGCCUAGACUCGAGCAGACGGCCGCAUUUGAUGAAGAUGAUGAAUGCUACUUGAAUUUCCCGCAAUCACGUGACUGGGCCACAUGCUUCGGCGGAAUUGCCCAUUGCUUCACUUGGCAAAAGAUGUUCUCUUUUCGGCCGCCAGCUCGAAAGUGCAGUUCAUUUGGGGACGCGGAGAGAAUGUUUUUGGGGGGAAAUGGGGCAACGGGGCCAAGCAAACUGAGUGUGGCACAAUCCGGCCACUGCUCCUUCGUCAACUUCACAGAAAUCGGAUGA